GCGGUUGAUGUAUUGAAAGUAAACUUCGAUCGAUCGAUAUUUGAUAAGUUUUCAUCGUGAAACUGGGAGAUUUACCGAUUUCUUCUUUUAAUAAUUAACACUUAAACUGCCCAGUUAAUUUCGAGCCGUGAUAAUAUUUAAUCUCUUAUGCGUGUUUUUUACAUUAAUAUGUUAUACAAAUUAUAGUAAUUAUUAUUAAUUAUAUAGAUAUUAUAUAUUAUCUUAUUCUCUUUCAUAGCAUCUCUCUAGAUAUAGUUAAUAAAAAGUUAGUAAACUUACUAUUGAAGUUGUUAAAAUCUAUUCUCAUGUAUGUAUGACGGGGCAGUCUAAGCGUUAAAAGAGGCUCUUUCUUCCUUUGGAAGAAAAUCGAAUCGGCCAAGUAAUUCUCCCAUCAGGGUACAGAUGAAACAGCCAUGCUGCUGUCGUUGAGCCACCUGAGGAUGCUAAUACGCACGUCCACGACUUCGAUGACUUCCGUGCCGAAACCUCUCAAGUACCUGAGGAAUUUUUAUCCGAGUUUGAAAAGCGCAUGUGAUGGACUUACAUGCAAAGACGUGAAAGUACGCUUUGCGGAAAUCCUGAGUGUACUUGCUCUAGCAGGAGCCGCUGCAGGAUCCAAGGAUUGUUUGAAAUUCUGUAUCAAGGGAUUUGUAGAUAAUCCUGGAGAGUGGGGCCACGAAUACGUGAGGCAACUCGAGGCAGAGAUUGUCGACGAAUGGACCAAUGCACCGAUCAAAGAGGAGCAGGAAAUUAGAAACCAACUCACACCGCUGAUUAAAAGCAUCAUCGCGUUCGACAUGAAACACAACGCGGAGAUCCAAUCGUGCGACCUGUGUUUGGAGAUCGACGAGCUGAAUCUUCUUCCGGAUCAUCUGGAUUCUACGAAUUUUGCGCGAGUGUGUCAUUACUUGAUUAGCUGCGCGGCUUACAGCGAGGACACGGAGAGAAGACAAAUAUUAGAGUUCGCCACGGAGCAAUAUCUGAAGUUUAACGAGUACACCAGGGCGAUUCUCGUAGCGCUGCAACUUGCGAAUUCGGAGCUCGUAUCCAAAUGCUUCACCGCAUGUCCCGACUCUUUAAUGAGAAAUCAACUAGCAUUCAUCCUGGCCCGGAUGCAGGAUCAACCUCUGCGAACGGAAUAUCAUGGAAACGAUGCGAAGGAUAUCGAGGUGAUCCUCAGCAAUGGCCACGUGAACACCCACUUCCAAAUCCUCGCCAGAGAGCUCGACAUACUCGAGCCGAAACUUCCGGAGGAUAUCUACAAAAGCUGGUUGUUGAGCGGAUCUAGGCAGAUCGAGCACGAUUCCGCGAGGGCGAACUUGGCGGCGAGCUUCGUUUCCGGUUUCAUGCAUGCGGGUUUCGGACAGGAUAAGCUGAUGGCAAACACGUCCAACUGUUGGGUGUAUAAAAACAAGGAGCACGGGAUGCUGUCAGCCACCGCAUCUCUAGGUUUGAUACACAUGUGGGACGUCGAUGGCGGUUUGGUACCCAUCGACAAGUAUCUUUAUACGAACGAGGAUUACAUAAAAUCCGGUGCCUUGCUGGCCAUCGGACUGGUAAAUUGCGGAAUUCGUAAUGAAUGCGAUCCGGCUUUGGCGCUUCUCAGCGAAUACGUGAACUCGAGCAGUCAGACUCUUCGUAUCGGAGCUGUCUUGGGAUUAGGUCUGGCUUAUGCGGGUUCUAGAAGGAAGGACGUUACCAAACUCCUCUCUGGAGCUUUGGCCAAUGAGCAAAAUAACGUGGAAAUCUCGUCACUGACUGCCAUCGCUUUAGGCCUUGUGAAUGUGGGUUCGGGGGACUCGGACGUUUCCUCGGAGAUACUUUUGAAAUUAUUAGGACUGUGCAAGAGAGAACUCGCUAUUACGCAUUCCAGAUUUUUAGCCUUGGCUCUGGGAAUGAUUUACAUGGGGACUCGGGACGUUAUAGAAACUCCAUCCGCAGCGCUCGAGGCACUGCCGGAACCGUACAACUUUGCGUCGCAAACCAUGUUACAGAUUUGCGCGUACGCGGGUACUGGUGACGUGUUAAUAGUGCAAGAACUAUUGAGGAUCUGCUCAGAAACGGUCGAGGGGGUAACGAGUGUGAAAACCACACCAGACAACACCCCGACGGCAAGUUGCUGCGAUCAAAGAAGACCGCGAAGCAGCUCUACCACGUCGAAGGAGAAUGGCAAUCAAGCUGAGGAGUCUGCUAAGGAUAUCGGACUACCGCAGGCCAUAGCAUCUCUUGGAGUGGGCGUAGUCGGACUCGGGGAAGGAAGAGAGAACUCGAGAAUCUUUGGUCAGGUCGGAAGAUAUGGUCCUACUCCGGCACGACGCGCCAUGCCGCUCGCGUUGGCUUUGUCGUCUCUAUCAAAUGCCGAGCCAGCGAUCUUGGACGUGUUGAACAAAUACAGCCACGACCAAGACGCCGACGUUGCUCUCAAUGCAAUCCUCGCCCUCGGCUUGGUGGGUGCUGGUACUAAUAAUGCGCGGCUGGCGACGAUGUUGAGACAGCUGGCGGCUUACUAUGCGAAGAAUCCGUUUCACCUGUUUCUCGUGCGCAUUUCUCAGGGUCUGGUACACUUGGGCAAGGGCACAUUAUCUCUAUCACCAUUGCGAUUCGCCUCGAGAGUCCUAGAUCACACUGCUCUGGCUGGCUUGAUGGUCGUGCUGGUCGCCUGUCUGGAUUGCAGAAAUCUUAUACUGUCGCAGUCUCACUAUUUGAUGUACUGCCUGGCAGUCGCGAUAGAACCGAGGUGGCUGGUCACCGUGGAUGAGAACCUGAAGAAUUUACCGGUGUCGGUGAGAAUCGGUCAAAGCGUGGACGUCGUGGGGAAAGCAGGUAACCCGAAAUCCAUUGUUGGCGGUCACGUACAGACCACACCGGUCUUGCUGUGCGCGGGCGAGAAGGCGGAAUUAGCGUCGGACCAGUACGAGUCGCUCUCCGGCGUGCUCGAGGGUUUCGUGAUCCUGCGCGAAAAAGUAAGUCCGCAUUGUGCAAUAUGAUCGUACCAUACCAGCGCUUCUACCUGUGCACGAUUCAACGCAUGAAUCUUCUUGCAGCCGACUAUGGUGGCUUGAAAAGGAUCCAAGUUUAUGUUCUACUGGGACCACCUUCAAUCACCGGUUCGCCUCUUUUGUAAGAACGACGUGAAAUGUAUCAUCUUCAAGAAAACUUAUACGUUGAAAAGCUUCUGCGAUGACUCCGCGUGAAGCAAGACCGAGGCGGAAGGUAGAGACGGACAUACGGGUC